UUCAGCCAAUCGCAACUCUUCAUAUUAUUCAUUUCCAAAAUGGUUCUCGAAAGUACCAUUGUCUGUGUUGACAACAGUGAUUAUAUGAGAAAUGGAGACUUUGUUCCUACCAGACUGCAGGCCCAACAAGAUGCUGUCAAUCUUGUUUGUCACUCAAAAACUAGAUCUAAUCCAGAAAAUAAUGUUGGACUAUUAGUUAUGUCUCAUGUUGAAGUUUUGGUCACCUUGACCACAGAUGCUGGAAGGGUUUUAAGUAAGCUUCAUCAGGUUCAACCGAUGGGAGAAAUUAAAUUUGGAACAGCACUUAAAGUUGCACAUCUUGCACUUAAGCACAGACAAGGAAGGAAUCAUAAAAUGAGGAUUGUAUUCUUUGUUGGUAGUCCUGUUGAAGAUGAAGAAAAAGAGUUGGUAAAACUUGCAAAGAAACUGAAGAAAGAAAAAGUCCAGAUAGAUAUAGUUAAUUUUGGAGAAGAGGCAGUCAACACAGAUAAAUUGACAGCAUUAGUAAACACAAUCAAUGGAAAAGAAGGAACUGGAUCACAUUUAGUAACAGUACCACCAGGACCUUUACUAUCUGAAGCCUUGAUUAAUUCACCCAUUAUAGUUGGAGAGGAUGGAUCUGGUGCUGGUCUUCAAGCCACAGGAUUUGAAUUUGGGGUUGAUCCUAAUGAAGAUCCGGAGUUAGCCCUGGCAUUGAGAGUAUCUAUGGAGGAACAGAGAGCCAGACAGGAAGAUGAAGCAAAGAAAGCUAUAGAAUCAACAGCUACAGAGACAACACCUGUACAGGAAACUGGAACCAAUGAUGAAGCAAUGUUAAGACAAGCUUUGACAAUGUCACUAGGACAGGAAGAAGAAGCAGCACCAACACCCAGUGGACAGAAUUUUAGUUCUUUAUCAGAAGAGGAACAAAUUGCAUAUGCCAUGCAGUUAUCUCUACAAAAUUCAGCUGAUAAUACAACAGAAAACACUCCAGCUCCCAUGGAUGUGGACGAUGAAGCUAAAACACCUGUCCAGAAAUCAGAGGAAGCUGGUGCUGAUGAGGAUUAUUCUGAAGUGAUAAACGAUCCUACAUUUUUACAAAGUGUUCUUGAAGGAUUACCUGGUGUUGAUCCACAAAGUGAAGCUAUACAAAACGCUAUAAGUUCAGUAAAAGAUGGGUCUAAGAAGGACAAGGAUGAUAAAAAAGAUUCAAAAUGAUACAUUAUAAUUUAUUUCUAGAACACAAUUAUUUCACCAAAAAAUAUCAUAACUUUUUUUUUAAAGAAAAGUUUUAGUACUGUAUAAAUUAAAGUGAGAAUACUAUUUUCAUUUUGUUAUCAAACAAGUAUCAAUAUUGAAGAAUCUUUAUAUGGGAGUGUGAAUGAAGUCUAAUGUUUAGUUUAUGUGUAUGGAAAAGUAACAAUCAGUGAUGGAAGCAUUUCUUUCAAAUUAAAUAAAUUUAUGCAUCCUUAAUAA